CCCUACUGUGCAUAUUGGCACCACAUCGUCCACUCUUACUGAUACACAUCCGGUAAUUCUCCUGCCUGCAGCAAACCCACCCAAAAAAAGAAAAAGAAAAAAUCAACAUGGUUCUCCAAGCGAUACGCUACCAGCCCGGAAGUCUGCAAAUUCUCAAUCAACUCAAACUCCCACAUCAAGAAGAAUACGACGAGAUAAAAUCUGCAGAAGAUGGAUGGCAUGCCAUCAAAGACAUGCGAACUCGUGGAGCGCCCGCGAUAGCCAUCGUUGCAGCUCUGGCUUUGGCUGUUGAGCUCACCAAUAUGACGAGCUCGGAAAAGGCAGAGGAAGUGGCGGCUUUUAUUGUUGAGAAACUGGAAUAUCUUGUCACGAGCAGACCUACUGCUGUCAACCUUGCUGAUGCUGCUGGGAAGCUGAAGAAGAUUGUGACUUCUGCUGCCCGAAGUGAUGGAGCUAGUGGGGCUACUGUCUCUCAAGCGUACUGCGAUGCUGCUGCUCAAAUGCUCGUUGCUGAUGUAGCUGACAAUGAGGGUAUUGGCAAGUACGGUGCCGAGUGGAUCUCAAAGGCAGCUGGCGGCGGCAAAGUGAGUGUCGUAACGCACUGCAAUACAGGGUCUCUCGCGACCGCAGGCUAUGGUACUGCCCUUGGUGUCAUUCGUUCGCUACAUGCCAAUGGCUCCUUGAAGCACGCCUUUUGCACUGAGACGAGGCCAUACAAUCAGGGUUCCCGCCUGACUGCUUUCGAGCUCGUCCACGAUAACAUACCCGCCACAUUGAUCACUGACUCCAUGGCAUCUGCGCUGCUGCGUCUCAAGGGACCAGAACAGCGCAUUGCUGCGAUUGUCGUAGGAGCUGACCGAGUUGCUGCAAAUGGUGACACCGCCAACAAGAUUGGCACCUAUCAGCUCGCCAUCACAGCCAAAUACCACGGCGUAAAGUUCCUGGUCGCAGCGCCACGAACAACGAUUGACCUGGGAACAAAGUCGGGUGCUGAUAUUGUGAUUGAAGAGCGACCAGGCAAGGAGAUGACCUUCGUGAAAGGGCCACGAUUCGAUGGUGUUGAUUUAGAUCUCAGCCAAGUCGAAACCGUGAGCAUUGCUGCCAAAGGUAUCGACGUCUGGAACCCGUCCUUUGAUGUGACACCUGCAGAACUCAUCGAUGGAAUCAUCACGGAAAUCGGUGUUGUCGAGAAGGAUGCCAGUGGGAAGUUCGAUUUGACCCUCGCGAUGGAGGCGCACAACGAGAGCGUCAAACCAACUACCGUAGGUGGUCUGUAGAGAUGUUUUCAGGAGCCCCCUUACAGAUCAAUAUCGAUAUCGUAUCGGGCAAUCCUGCAACAGUCGUUCCCGAUGUUUUCGCGUCGUAGCGCUCCUGAUUGUUUGCGUCUGGCUAUGCUCCUGCCAGUGCACGUACUCUGUAUUUGGCAUGUCGUAUCCGGAAGAGUUGGUACGUGGCCCAUGGAUACGCGACUUUGGUCUAGGGUCGGGAUGAAGCCGCCUUAGGACGAAGAGUCGCCCUUUGGUUGUGCACUUGGUGAUGUUUCCACACUUUGUUGGCUCUUCUUGGCCUGCUCUUUGGCCUCCUCAAUCGCCUUCUGAUCCUUUUCUGCCUGCGCAAGCAUCGCUUCUAUCUUGGCUUCCAUCGCGCUGAGCUGAUUCUCCAACGCUGCAGCAGUUCUCUCGCCUUUGGCUAGCUCCUGGAAUGCCUUAGCGAGAUCUGCGUCGUCGGCGCCAUGACUGCCAUUUGCCGUCGCCUCCAGGUUGUCUGACAUGUCGUUGGAUAUGGGCCUCUGAUCUCGUCACGCGAGGAAUGAUGAUGGACGAGGAGGGAUCGGGAUGAAGCAGCGCCGAGCACCCGUCUAUGUGGAUACGCGCUUGACGUCCUUGAUAUGAUAAGCAGAUUGCGCUUUGUCAGAUCUAUCCAGUUCCACAGUCCUUUCGGUGGAGGUUUGUAUAGUGUCUCUCUGUAUCUCGUCUUCG